UUCAUGGUACACACUUGACACCGUUGUUGUGCGGAGCAGAAAUUUGAAACUCAUGUCUAGAGCAAAAUAACUAUCUCAGUCUGUGAUAGAAGCGGCUUGUAAAACCGUCUAAGACGAUCUGAGUUAGCAUGCUCACAUGUUGCAUUUACGUUGUUUCUCGUCAAAAAGGGAGAGAGAUGUAGUCGAUCAUAUCAUGGAGGAGGAGCAUAAUAAUCUAGACCUGGAGGGCCAAAUCAGGGCGUGGCAGGCGACGAUGGCGAUGGUCUACACCAUGUCUCUCCGCUGUGCCGUCGAGCUCGGCAUCCCCGACAUCGUCAACGGAGCCGCCAGGGUGGCCCUCCCAGUCUCCCGCAUCGCCGCGCUACUCUCUCCGACGCCUCCCUGUGAUCACUCCGCGCUCCACCGCCUCUUGCGCUUCCUCGCACACAAGGGCGUCUUCGCCGAGCGCGUAGACCCGAGCACGGGCGAGCCCGCCUACGCCCCCACCCCGACAUCCCGCUGGUUCUCGUGCCGCUCCGAGCUCAGCCUUGCCUCCAUGGUGCUCCUCCAAACGUGGUCGUUCCAGGAGAGCCCGUGGCACCGCCUUUUGGAGAGAGUGGUGCGGUGCGGCGGCGACGGCGAGGGCGUGGGAGCGCCACCGCACAAGAAGGAGGACCCGUGGGCAAAUUUGGCGGCCGUGCCGGAGUGCGCAGCGGUGUUCAACUCGGCGAUGGCCGGGAUGAGCGGCAUCGCCAUGCGGGCGGUGAUGGCAGUGUACAAAGGCGGCUUCGAGGGGAUUCGGACGCUGGUGGACGUCGGGGGUGGGACGGGGGCGGUGCUGAAGGAGAUCACGGAGCAGUGCCCGAAUAUUCGCGGCAUCAAUUUCGACCUCCCGCAUGUCGUGGCCGCCGCGCCGGAGUGCCCCCACGUCGAGCAUGUCGGCGGCAGCGUGUUCGACGGCAUUCCGGACGGUGAUGCUAUCUUCAUGAAGCUUCUACUGCACUGCUUCGAUGACGAAGGCUGUCUGAGGAUACUAAAGAACUGCCAGAAGGCGAUGCCGCGGAAAUACGGAAAGCUUAUAAUCGUAGAUGCCGUUUUGGGCGCGGACGACGACAACGACGACGGCUCUCUCGAAGACGACGGCUCUCUCGAAGACAUGAAGAAGACAUUCGAUAUGCUGAUGCUCGUGUACACCGGAGGGAAGGAGAGGACUGAAGCAGAGUGGCGGAAGCUCCUGUGCUCGGGCGGCUUUCCGAGAUGCAACAUCAUUCGGAUUCCGUCUUUCCUUUCGAUCAUUGAGGCAUUCGCAGAGUGAUGAUACUGAAGGGUCAGAGAAAUAAGAAAACAGUUGUUGAAUAAGAUUUCUCAAUAAGAUGAUAGUUAUUUGGAAAAACAAAAAAUCUAGAAUACUAUUAAUGGUGAAAUAAUAGUACUUGUUAUUGUUAUUUAUCUUUUAUUUUUUAGAUAUUUUGAGUUUAUUAUUUAGUGAUGGUAAUAUUGUGAA